GAAGAAAUCUGAACUCCCAAAAAACGGAUCAAUGAAUGAAGGAGAGCCUUCAGGAAGUGGUGAAGAAGAAUGUAAAAUAUCACUGUUUGAUUAUUCUGUUGAGAGUCAUUUAAAGGCAGUGGAAUCGAUCAGUGUUCUCUGCGGUGAAGCUGGUACUGAUAUCGACGAGUCUGAUAUCGAGAGACUAUCAUCAUCAGCUACACUCUUGAGGUUCCACAACUCCUACUCGUUGGUUUUGAUACUCACUAAUCUAAUCUCACCUGCGGGAAAAAAAAUGUUUAGGGAAUGGAGGCAUUUUAAUUAUGAACCAAAAUCUUUUGGAUUCUAUAACGAGGAUGUAAAAAGCAGUGGACCAAAGGAUUUCAACAGGCAAACUUUGCCUCAGUUUUCUUCAGCACGAGCUCCUAAGGUUAAGAUAUAUGACGAUGAAUCAUCAUCAUUUGCAAGGAUUUUGUUAUGCAUGUUGGAGGUUCUGUUUGGGCAUUGGAGUGGUGUCCCAGAGUUCAUGGAAAUCCAGAUGCUCAAGCAAAAUUUUAUGGCUGUGGCUACUCAUCCGCCUGAAUCAUACAGUCACAAGAUAGGCGUUCGGCUUUCAGGUAGAGGACUUAUUCAGAUAUGGUGCGUUAUAAACAGAACAUGUGAAAAAAAAAGCGCCCAUACAUCAGGGAAGAAUCAGAAGUUGACGGGAAAGUCUCAAAAGAAACCAUCCGACGAAACUACUAAUAAAACAGAACCUAAAAAAACGAGAGGCAGGCCCAGAAAGCAUCCGGCGGUAGAGACAACAGAGCCUAAGAAACCAAGAGGAAGACCUAGAAAGAAGAGUACUAGUGAGCUUCCUAUUGAUCUUGAUGGUGACGUUCUCUACGUUGAAGCUUUGUCUGUUCGGUAUCCAGAAGAUUCAGUUGUUCCCGCAACUCCUCUUCGGAUUCUAGGAGAAACUUCAGUAACGGAAACUAAUAUCAACAAUGAAAGCUCAGAACUAGUGUUGUCUUCAGAAAAUGCAAAUAUCAAACUUCCCGUACGGAGAAAGAGACAGAAAACCCAACGUGCUGAAGAAACUUGCAAACCCGUGCUAUCAGAAGAUAGUGAAGCUGUCGGAAACGUAGCAGGCGAACCAUCCUCAGAUAUAUCUGAAGACAUUGCUCUUCCAAGGGUUGUCUUAUGCCUGGCCCACAAUGGAAAAGUUGCCUGGGAUAUGAAAUGGCGUCCCUUAUAUGCAGAUAAUUCUCGUAAUAAGCACAGAAUGGGAUAUUUAGCUGUCUUGCUGGGAAAUGGAUCUUUGGAAGUGUGGGAUGUUCCAAUGCCUCAGGCCAUUUCAGCUGUAUAUUUAUCUGCAAAGAAAGAAAAGACUGAUCCUCGUUUUGUGAAACUGGCUCCCGUUUUCAAAUGUUCAAACUUGAAGUGUGGUGAUGCGCAGAGUAUUCCCUUAACAGUUGAAUGGUCGACUUUUGGGAACCCUGAUUUCUUACUCGCUGGUUGCCACGAUGGCACGGUUGCUCUCUGGAAAUUUUCUAAAACAAAAUCUUCCGAAGAUACAAGACCUUUACUUUUCUUCAGCGCAGAUACAGCUCCUAUUAGGGCAGUUGCAUGGGCUCCUUGUGAAAGUGAUGCGGAAAGUGCAAACGUAAUAGCUACCGCUGGACAUGGAGGUCUGAAGUUUUGGGACUUACGUGAUCCAUUCCGUCCUUUAUGGGAUUUGCACCCGGUACCAAGAUUUAUUUACAGCCUCGACUGGUUACCAGACCCAAAAUGCGUCUUAUUGUCCUUUGACGAUGGAACAAUAAGAAUCCUUAGCUUGGUGAAGGUUGCGUACGAUGUUCCCGCAACCGGAAAGCCUUAUCCUAACACAAAACAGCAAGGCUUAAGCGUUUAUAACUGUUCAUCUUUCCCCAUCUGGAGUAUUCAAGUAUCACGGCUAACAGGCAUGGCAGCUUAUUGCACUGCCGAUGGGUCCACUUUCCAUUUCCAGCUUACGACCAAAUCAGUGGAAAAAGACUCGAGAAAUCGGACUCCGCAUUACCACUGUGGACGAUUGACAAUGAAUGAUUCCACUUUUAUAGUGCAUAGUCCAGUACCUGACAUACCGAUCAUCUUGAAAAAACCGGUUAGCGAGACCGGUGAGAAACAGAGAUGCCUUCGAAGUCUCUUGAAUGAAUCUCCUAACCGAUACGCAUCUCCGGUUUCAGAUGUUCAGCCUCUAGCUUUAGCAAACAACGAGGAUCCAGGGUUAGAGUCUGAAACCGAGGGGACUAACAACAAAGCAUCAAAAUCAAAGGCAAAGAAAGGAAAGAGUAAGACAACAGAGGAGGACGAGUACAGAGGGGCAUUGGUCUGUGUUAAAGAAAGUGGCAACGAUGAAGAAGAAGGAAGAAGAAAGGAAGCAAGCAACGGUAGCAGCGGAGUGAAAGCGGAAGGGUUCCCGCCUAAAAUGGUGGCGAUGCACAGAGUGAGGUGGAACAUGAAUAAAGGAAGUGAGAGAUGGUUGUGUUAUGGCGGAGCUGCUGGGAUCGUUCGGUGUCAAGAGAUUGCUGCAUCUGCUUCGGUCGCUAAACAAAACUGGAGACCUCAGAGA